GGACUUCGACAUGUCAUUCGAGCACGCGCCGGUCACUAAAGGCCUAAUAUGCACGUCUGCCCUGACCUCCAUCGCUGUCGGUCUAUUUGAUGUAAAGCAUUACUUCCAUCUUCAGCUUGUCCCCCAUAUAUCUCGGGAUCAUCAAUACUGGAGAUUAGGCGCCCAUCACCUUGCCUUCACAAGUUCUACCGACCUCUUCCUAGCUGUGCUCCUGUUCUUCUAUGUCGGCGUCGAAGUAGAACGGCAAUUUGGAAGCGUCAAAUAUGGCUCUUUCGCUCUGGUCGCCUCACUCAUCUCGACGCUGCUGGAAUUCAGUGCACUACUGCUAUUUAACCGACUAGGUCUCAACUUCAUACCAGGAGGCCCUAUCACUCUUGUCUUCACCAUACUGUACCAGUACUCCCGAGUGAUCCCCUCCGUUUACCGCUUCCGCGUCUUUGGAAUAACGCUGAGCAACAAGAGCUUCGUUUAUUUGCUUGCUCUGCAGCUCGCUACCAGCAACCUUCCCGGCUCCGCUGUAGCCGCCGCCAUCGGCGUCCUCUCCGGCCAGCUCUAUCGCUCAGACCUCAUCGGCUUCAACACUUAUCGCGUCUCCCCGCCCACCGUCCGCUUUUGCGCCACCUACCUCCUUCCCCUGCUCGGCAUUUCCCGCCCUCCCCGGCGCACCAAUCUGGCGCUCCCGGAGGCACCGCCAGAGGAACCGGUGUCGACAGCGCGCACGUCGACGAGUGCGGCAGCGGAGCCUGGGGAGGGCACGAACGAUGAGGGUGCGCAUACAGCAGACCAAGGAAUACGCACGAGCAUGCAGAGCGUGCGGACGAGCGGCGGCGCGGUGAUGCGCGAGUUCGUGAGCGGGCUGACGGGGCGGGCGGAUCGCGACAGGGUGGGCGUGCGCAUCCCGCCCGAGUCUGAGGUCGUGCAGUUGACGACGAUGUUCCCGGAUUUGGGGAGAGAUGUGGUGGUGGGGACGUUGCAGAGGAGGUGCGUUGCUUUCGCUUGCAUGGUCGUUGUUCCUAUUCCCCUCAUUUGUGCGGAUAAUUGACAAGUGACAACCAGCCCGAACAUCGAAGCCGCAGUAGAGACCCUGCUAGGAGGGCAAUCAUGAUGUGAUGUCUUACAAGCCCUCUUUUCCUAUGCAUCGUACAGAGUGUACAACAUGUUUAGUACAACAGGUCCAGCAUGAACAAGUGUGCGGUGUGUCGUGAAGUACAAGAAGCAACGCCUGACACGCUGCUUACUCUUCCUGCUCGUCAUAGUCGCCGCCCUCCUCGUCCUCAUUGGUGAAGGUGCUCAUGGGCACGGCGUAGAGGCGGAUCAUGGG